GGUAUGGUAGUUCUUUCGUGGUUUCGUUGCGUACGCCUCGCGUACGCGAGACAUGUGUUGAAUUCGACGUAAAACCGAUAAAAGGAUUGUUUUUUCGCAUGCGAGACUCAUCCGAACGAUUCUCGCACAAUGGCUGAGUAUUUGGCAUCAAUUUUUGGAACUGAAAAGGAUAAAGUAAAUUGCUCGUUUUACUUCAAAAUAGGAGCCUGUCGACACGGGGAUCGAUGUUCGCGCAUCCACAACAAGCCGACCUUUAGCCAAACAUGUCUACUGCAGAAUCUUUAUGUAAAUCCCCAAAAUUCUGCCAAGAGCGCAGACGGAUCUCACUUGGUCGCGAACGUGACGGACGAGGAGAUGCAGGAGCAUUACGAUAACUUUUUCGAGGACGUUUUCAUCGAAUGCGAGGAUAAAUAUGGCGAGAUCGAGGAAAUGAACGUGUGCGAUAAUCUUGGUGAUCAUCUGGUUGGCAACGUUUACAUUAAGUUUCGCAGGGAGGAGGAUGCGGAAAGGGCUGUCAACGACUUGAACAAUCGUUGGUUCGGCGGCAGACCCGUCUACGCUGAACUUUCACCCGUCACGGACUUUCGCGAGGCUUGCUGUCGUCAGUACGAGAUGGGCGAGUGCACCCGCUCCGGAUUUUGUAACUUCAUGCAUCUGAAGCCCAUCUCCCGGGAGCUACGCCGAUACUUGUACAGCCGGAAGAAGGGCAAGGGCCGAUCCAGGUCUAGAUCGAGAUCGCGAGGCCGCGACCGCAGGAGGAGAUCUAGAUCCCGAGACAGAAGGUCCAGGUCUAAGGACCGUCGCAAGGGAAGGGACGAUAAGGGCAGGGAUGGCCGAUCUGGUCGUUAUUGAUGACAUUUCAUCGAUGAUGCGUGUAUUCGUUGCUUACCUUCUUUCCCCGCUCCAGUUGCAUUCAAUGUACAAUAUAUAAUCUCAUCUCACACACCGUGCAUAAUUGAUUUCAUCAUUAUUAAACACUCAGUGGAUCGAAAACAUAUAAAAGAUUUUCUGUUUACUGUAGAACGUAGACAGUUCUACAAGUUUCAUGAUAUCUAUUUAUUAAUAUUAAAUUUUCGUGGUAUAUUAAUGUGAGUUGUAUGUUUUGAUAGCAUUGUGUGUGUGAUUUAUUGGAAAUAUCAGUUGUAAUUUCACAGCGAUAUGUUGUAAUUAUCCUUUAUAUGUAUGUAUUGUUUGAGAUGAAGAGUGUCUCGUCUAUGUAAAAUUGACAUAUAUAUAUAUGUACUACUUUUAGUUUUCGCAUUAAAACGUUGUUGAGAAAA